ACAUUUAUAAUACAUUUCAUAAUAAUAAUAAACCUGUUAUAGUUAUAAUAGGAAUAACCUAACGGUGGACUUCAAUAUAUAAGUUUACACUGAAAGAAAUGUUUACAUGUUCCCCUUAAGGUCCAAGCAGUUUGUUGAAAUGUGAUAAAAACCACACAUUUAAAAAGUAAAGAAACCUGUUAGUUUGAUGUGCAUUAGUGAUGAUUAUAAUAUUUAUAUUGUUAACGUUCCCUGAAAUUCAUGUCAUGAAUUUUUCAUCACCGAAGCAUUCACGCACCUAAAUUCAUUCAAAAAUUUUAAUGUUGAACUAAAAUGAAAUGAAAUCUGUACAAAUCGUUUCAACCUUUUUUCCCCAUGUAUAACUGAAUUAACUGUGUUCCAUUUUUGAUGUUGAUAUUUCUGUAGUAUUCUGUUGGAAUACAGACAUUACUGAAUAUAAUUCCAUAUAUUCAUAAAUAACUGAGAAUUUGAGAGUUUCAUUGGUUCAACAUUCAGCUGAAGAAAAAAAAGUUAGACAUGCAUUUUUGCAUAGCAUUUGAGGAAAUCUAACUAAUUAAAUGAAAGUUAACUUCUUGUAAAUGUUGCAUAUUGUCAGAGUGGCACGCAGUUUUAUUUCCCAGUACACCAGCAUUUCGUAUUGUUAAGAACCGUUUUGUACAAAGUGGUACAUUGUUCUUCUAGUUCAUUGAGAAGCCCUCGUCAUCAAAAUGCCAUUUGCUGCCAUUUUUUGUUUUUUUCUUCUUUUGGACCAUGUGAUUUUCACAGUGGCAGUUAGUUCAGAACGUCACUCAGCCAAUGACAGGCCACUGUUGCUUCUGUUGCGAGGAUGGGGCAAAGAGAUCCCACCCCCUUCACUGAAAGGGAAGGGAAAAGAAGCAGCGGCCAUAGCAGAGGAACCAGAAGUGGCUGAGAUCCCUGCAAUGCCUCUUCCUCAGAUCAUGCUCCCUCGUAAUAUGACCGCCGAUGCCCUGAAACCCCCACUGGGGUUUGCACAGGUGGCGCCGCCACCACGUCGUCUGGUGGACGUUGAUGUGUGCAGGGGCUACUAUGAUGUAAUGGGACAGUUUGACCACACCUUUAACUGCACAAAGGGCACUUACAUCUACUGCUGUGGCACUUGUUACUACCGCUUCUGCUGUGAGCAUCAGCGCAACCGCCUGAACCAGGACAUAUGCACCAAUUACCACUCGCCCAUCUGGGCCAACACACAGGUGCCUGCCACUCAGCCCCCAAGCCGUUCGGAUCCAGACUUUGACCCUUUGCAGCAGCAGAGCAACAGUACAGUUUAUGUCAUUGGUGGCGUCAUUUCUUUCACAUUGGUCAUGGCCAUUGGGUUGAAGGUGGCUUUCCGCAAGGUCUCCCGUAGACCCAGGAACCGAGAUCUCAAUAUGCCCAGAGCACUGGUUGAUAUAUUGCGUCAUCAGUCUAGCCCAGUACAACAGAGUGAAAGAAACAACAGCACCUCCGCCACCACCAGCAAAGGCACUCUGGGUAGGCAGCCCAAAAACCAUUACGCACCCAUCCUCCAGAGCAAAGACAACCGGAUUGGCAAACACAAUGUAAUCCAGUCUGGGUCCAGCCCCAAACACACAGCUACUAUAGAGCGUGUACCACGGAUGAACAAUGCCCAGCUGACCUCCACAGGUACGCUGAUCUCCAGCAAGACCAACAAUACAGGCCAUCCUUUAACCUUCUCUCAUUCCUUUCACAACCUGGCCCAGCUCCCUCCAACAUAUGAAGCUGUUAUGAAACCCGAUAUUAACCGCUAUUCCUCCCUCAAGAGACUAGAAAAAGAACUGGAUGAUUACACAAAUUAUUAUACCUCAAAAAGACGACCCAACGAUGCACCACCUUCCUUCCACUCCUCCCAGCAUCACCUGCACUGGAGUGGUGAUUACACUCUAGGAGCAAGGGGUACAUUGCCCCUACACUCAUCCCGACCCCAAAUACAUGUACCUACCUCUACUUCCACACCAAAUCCUUACCCUUUACCCCAGUCACCGUACAGUCCUACCUUUGAGACAGUGAGCCAGCCUCCACGCCGGGUGAUGUCUCAAGACCAACUACUGGCCUUGGGGGAGGGAAACACCCUGUCUUACUUGUCUAAGAACCAGCAGCACCAGUAUUACAAAGCCAUGGCCACCAGCAAGAGUUCCAACUCAAAGACACUGAGAAAGUCCCACGAACGCCUCCUGGUGUCACCUGAGGAAAGAAUGAUGGGGAGUGCAGUGGGUGACUAUGGGGGGUUGCUGUCUCACCUGAGCCAUCAUAAGAAAACGCAGUCACAGCAGAAUGUGUGUGUGACCCCAUUACUUGACCGACACCACAUGAUCAAGAUGAAUUCGCACCCAACAUCUGGCUGUGAACAGGAGUUCACAAACAUUGCUGCUACCAUGUCAGCUGGCCAUGGGACUGGCACUAUGGGUUGGGGGGAGGGUCAUGGCUCUACUGGUGCCGCAGGAACAAUCAGCCAAAAUGCCCGCAGGAUGGCAUUUGCUGUAAAGCGGCAGAACACUAUUGAACAGCUGCACUUCCUCCCUGGGGCAGGGGGAGGCAGUCAGGCACUGUGGACAGGGAGUAAAAACGAAGUCACAGUGUGAAGAAGGGGUGAGGCAGAAGAGGACAGAAAAGGGAUGAUAGAAAGAUUAAACAUAUUUGCUCAAAUGGAGGAGAGGACUAAUGUUUUAAGGCAGAGUAUAAGUUAGAAUGACAGGAGAUGGACACAAUAGGGAAGAUAGAAAAAACUUUAGCGUGAGGAGUCUCAUAGCAGAAGAACUUGGUAUACUGCUAGGACAGAAGUGAGGCCAUACAUGGUUCUGAAGAUCCAUUUUUGCCCCUUGCUGCUUGUUGCUAGGAAACAGGAUAAGAUACACCCAAGUUAUGUGAAGGUAUUUUUAGGAUGAAUCUAUGUGGAUAACUAAGGUUCCUAGUUUUAGCUCAUCUGACUGUGUAUACAGUAUAUACUUAUUCUUGGAAACAUUGCAUCUACAACAAUUGAGCCAUACUUUUAGAACAUUUUAUGGUUAAAAAAAAUGAUGGAAAAUGUUUUGAAGGUUUUCUCCAACACGAACCUUCUAGCAAUUUCAUUUAAUUUUAUAUUAUAUAAAGCUUAAUACUACUGAGUUUUAUUGGGAAAGGACUUUGGAGGAUAAUAUGGCAGAAAAUAAGAGGUGGAAACUUGAAUGGUUUCUGAUGACAGGAAUUAACAGGUAUAUCUGUGAAGACUGUAUAUUUGUGAAAUUUCCAGAUGUAAUGUUACAGCAGCAGAAAUAAACAUUGAGUAAUAAGUUAUCAUGAACUCCACUGCAACUUCAAGUGGGCAAUGACAAAAAAGAAAAGAAAACACGUUUCCAAAAAUUUAUUGAUUUUCGUUAUCAAUAGUGGUCCAGCAGACAUGAAAUAAAUAAGAAGCUGUGACACUAGACACUGACACAACACUGAACAAUAUUGUGAUACAAUUCUUUAGAUUUAAGAGUGCUGACUCUUUUAUAAUACAGCUUGGGGUAG